UUUAGUUUUCUCUAAUUUCCUCAUUACGCAAGCACAAGAUUACCCUUCACAUUUUCCCUGGAAACAAAUAUAGACCCAUCAAAAACCAACCCAGAAAAGCUCACCAUCAGAAGAAAGCAAGCAACCCAUCAAGCCAGAGAGCAAAUAGACCAAGAUUCAGAUACUCCCCACAUACUCCCCACCUACGAGGCCGACGAAACAAGAGAUGAUGAAUUCCAGGGGUUUGUUUGUUGCUCUUAUUCAUCACCAUCGUAAGCUUUCGACGUCCAAUUUCUUUGCCGCCCCAAGCCAUCAUUAUCAUUUUAUUCAACACCGCCUUCUCCACUCAUCACCAUCCCCAAACCUACUCGUUAAAGCCUUCGCGAUAAAGGAAGAUUAUGAUUUGGAAGUUAAAAGAGUUCAAGAUCAAUCGUUGCCAGCAAUUUUCUGUGUCACUACAUACUCUGAGCCCUUGUGUUUUUAUGUAGCUAGACACCUUAGGAACAUGAAUCACCGAUUCCCAAAUGUAGCAAUAUCUGAAUUCGUUCUUGAUGCUAAGGCCGACAACUAUAAAAGCACACUGAAAUCUCUUGGUAUUUCCUAUACGCCAAGCUUCCAUUUUUUUAAGAAUGGAAAAAAGGUAAAUAAGGUAGGUCUUAAGAGGCUCAGAACGGAUGCUGAGGCUUAUGUCGAAUGCUUGAAAAGGAUUGUUGAACAACUCUAUAACUUUCAACCUACAAAGAGUUCAUCUAGCAGGGAGAACAAGAGAACUACUGAAGGAAGUGAUGUAGAACGUCCUAAAAAAGUUUCAGGUUUUGCAAGCUGUGAGCUCAUUCUAUCAAAGGAGGAAUAUAAUUUGGCUGUUAACAGAAUUCAAGAUGAAUCUGUGCCAGCAGUUUUGUACUUCGCUACCUAUUCUGAGUUCACCAGUACCGUGGUAUAUGAGUUUCUUCACGAGGAUUUGAGUGAGCGAUUCCCACAUGUAGCACUCUACGAGUUCCUCCUUGAUCCUAAGGAAGACGACUACGAAACAACACUGAAAAGUCUAAAUAUUUCCUCUAUAGUCAAUGCGCCGAUAUUCCAUUUCUUUAAAAAUGGGCAAAAGGUAGAUGAGCUAGCCUGUGAGAGAUUUGAAUUUUAUCAGUAUGGCAGAGACUUGGAAAAGAUUCUUGAGAAACUAUACAACACUCAACCUGCAAUAAGUUCAUCUGGAACUGGGAGAAAAACUACUCAAAAAUUACAACCUGUGAAAGAUAAGGAUAGCAAAGGAGUUAGAGGGCAGCGAGGGAGGAAAGUGAGGGAUGCCGCAAUGAUUUCCAAACAGACACAGAGUGGGGGCAAUCAUCAGUUUGUAAAUUAAUGAACCGGGUUCUUCUGUAUCAUGGCUCUCUGUGCUGAAUUCUGAUGCACUGGAAAUUAGUUGCUUCUUGCAGAUGAGAGAGGUGACGCGGGAGGCAUGUUCAUACAAGUACGAAGCACCAUAUCAUUAACACUCCCCCGUGUGAUUAAUUUAGCUCCCAGAUGUAUAUUCAGGUUCAUUGUCUUGGUUAUUUACUACUGGGUAUUUUGAAUGAUUCAUGUAUCAAUGGCCUUCUAUAGAAGGGCUAUUAUAUAAGCAUUGACAAAUGAGUUCUGAAUGUUGGUGGAAAUUCUUUGUUCACGUUGA